AUGGCACCAAUCCGUCGAGUCGCGGUGAUCCAAUGGCACAUCAAGGCAAGUUACGUCACUACCAUGCGCACCACGGACCUCGCGAUCGAAGAGAACCACGCCAGAGCAUGCAAUUACAUUCGAGAUGCGGCCGCCCAAGGCGCCGAGCUAGCCGUCCUACCAGAAUAUCAUCUAAACGGCUGGGCUCCGGAUGACCCCCUCUGGGCCGAGCAGGCAGGCGAAUAUAAGAAGUACCUAACCGCCUACCAAGCCCUCGCAAAGGAGCUCCAUAUCUGCCUCGUGCCGGGAAGCAUCGUCGAAAGACACGAGACCGAAGCCGAGGGGAAAGGAGGAUUCAGCCUCUACAACACCGCAUACUUCAUCUCCAACGACGGCAGCAUCCUCGGCUCCUACCGGAAGAAGAACAUCUGGCAUCCCGAGCGUCCUCACCUCACCUCAUCCGGCGAAGCGCCGCAUGAGGUAUUCGACACGCCAAUCGGGAAAGUGGGGCUGCUGAUAUGCUGGGAUCUGGCGUUCCCGGAGGCAUUCCGAGAACUGAUUGCGAACGGGGCGGAAGUGGUGAUUAUUCCUACGUUUUACCACCAAGGGACUCGCCACGAUGCGUCGCCCGAGGCACUAUCAUACAACCCCGACUCGGAAGCGCUCUUCCUUGAGUCGACGCUGACGUCUCGCUGCUUCGAAAAUACCUGCGCAAUUGUCUUCGUCAAUGCUGCGGGUGCCGACGAGAAGUUCCUCGGUAUGUCCCGCGUCACGCUCCCCAUUGUCGGGCCGGUGGGUAAGAUGGGAAGCGAGGAAGGCGUGCUGGUGGUGGAUAUGGAUAUGGGGCUGUUGAAGAUUGCCGAGGAGAAUUAUCGGGUCCGCGAGGACAUGGCCAAGGAAGGCUGGCAUUAUGUCUACCGCCAUAGUACUACAAGAUAG